AUGGUCAACCCCACACCCCUCUCUUCCCUCACCUGGACCGCCCACCAGAUUCCCGCGUACGGGCAGCACCCCAACACCUCCCUACAACACUUUCCCCUCCUCAUCUACCGCUCCUGCCUGCCCUCCACUCUCACGCACGAAGAGGCAGAAGAGUUCUUCUCUUCAGUCGGGGUUGUCAAGCCGGACUGGAGAUCCCCCAUGUCAUUGAUCUCCCACUACCACUCAAACACACAUGAGUGCAUGGUGGUCUCUGCUGGCUCGGCCAGGCUGUGCUUUGGCGGUCCUCCAGAUGAGGGCAAGAAUGAAGGAAGGGUAGAGGUGGAAGUACAUGUGGGCGAUGUCAUGCUCGUUCCUGCUGGAGUCAGUCACGGGAUGCUGCAGAAUCUCGGCGGCUUUGAGAUGACGGGAGCGUAUCCCAUCGGAGCAGAGUCUUGGGACUUUUGCGAUGGGACUGAAGCAGACAGGGAAGAGUCGUGGGAAAAGAUCAGGAAGGUCAAGUGGUUUGACAGCGAUCCUGUCUAUGGGGAUGGGGGGCCUGUAAUGAAGUAUGGCGCAGGAGCGCUAGUCUCAAGUGUACUGUAG